GCGUCGCGCGCGUCCUCGCCCCCGCCCUCCGGCCCCGCCCUCCGGCCGCUCGAGGCGCAGAGAGAUGGCGGAGUUGGACAUUGGGCAGCACUGCCAGGUGGAGCACUGCCGGCAGCGAGAUUUUCUUCCAUUUGUAUGUGAUGGUUGUUCAGGAAUAUUUUGCCUUGAACACAGGAGCAGGGAGUCACAUGGCUGUCCUGAGGUGACUGUAAUCAAUGAGAGACUGAAGUCAGAUACACACACAUCUUACCCAUGCUCCUUCAGGGACUGUGCUGGAAGAGAGCUCGUGCCAGUGGUGUGUCCUUUUUGUGAGAAGAAUUUUUGCCUGAGACACCGUCAUCAGUCAGAUCAUGAAUGUGAAAAACUGGAAAUCCCUAAGCCUCGCAUGGCUGCCACUCAGAAACUUGUGAAAGACAUUAUUGAUUCCAAGACAGGAGAGACAGCAAGUAAACGGCGGAAAGGUGCAAAAAAUAGUGAAACGGCUGCAAAGGUGGCAUUGAUGAAAUUAAAGAUGCAUGCGGAUGGAGAUAAAUCAUUGCCACAGGCAGAAAGAAUUUACUUUCAGGUUUUCUUCCCUAAGGGGAGUAAGGAGAAGAGCAGGCCAAUGUUCUUUUGCCAGCGAUGGAGCAUCGGGAAGGUCAUAGACGCCGCGGCCUCGUUAGCCAGCCUUAGAAAUGACAAUAACAAGUCAACGGCUCAGAAAUUGAGGUUAUGUCACGUUACCUCAGGAGAAGCCUUGCCCUUGGAUCAUAUUUUGGAGACCUGGAUCACUAAGGAGGAUUGUCCUUUACAUAAUGGUGGAAAUAUCAUCUUGGAAUAUCUUAAUGAUGAAGAACAGUUUUUAAAAAACGUUGAUUCCUACUUGGAAUAGUCGUUCAAGGAUUUGAGCCAGGACUCAUGAAGAAAAUUCAAUGUUAAUUUCUUUUACUACAAAUGCUAUAUAUUUUUUAUUUGUAAAAGUUGCUUUUUAUUUCCAUUAUGUCAUAAUUUAUCAGUGUUUUAUUAAAUUGAAUUUGAGUGUUUUAAAGUUUAACUAUGAACUGAUGUUUAAUUAUUAGCAAAUUCUUGUAUCUAAUUAGCCUCUUUUAGGUUAUGCUGGAGUAACAGCAACAAAGGUGUGUUUCUCAUUUGAUUAAUGUCAGCUGUUGACUGGCCAUGACUCUGCUCCAUGUCAUCUUUACUCCAGAAUGUAAGCUGAAGCCAUGACCCCCUUUGGGGACAUUGCCUUUCUCAUGGCAAAGGAAGAAAGAGAUGACUCUUAGAAGAUACGGGUUUCACUUCUGUUUUAAACAAGUCACAUGACCAAGCCUAGCAUCCUAAGGCCAGGAUGGAUGGCCUUAGUAUCUGCCUGCAUCAUGGUGUGUAAGUGAUGUGUGUACAUGAUUCAUAGAAACUUAGAGGUCGUCUCAUAAACUCUUCUAAGUUUGUGAAUGAGGAAUCUCAGGCGUGGGAAGGGGAAACGAUUUUCUUGUCAUCUCAGCACUCUGGGGCACAUCUCUGAUAAAAACCCCCUCCAGUGGUAUUCACCUUUUUUGUCUAUGAAUAUUUUACAAAUGAGAAGGAAAAUGGGAUAGCUCAAUUUCAUUACAGGCUCUUUGUAAAUACCAAAGCAAAACACAUGCCAAAAGGAAUGACCUUUUACCAACCAACACAUUAAAAUGAGUGCUCCAGUCUGAUGUAUGCCAUCUGUACUCAACAAAGUAUUGCUAUAGAGAAGGGACACAAAUUAUUUAAUUGCUGUUUGUCCCUCUUCUGUUUUGUGAUAGACAAGGAUAGUGGCUUUAGGCUUAGUUAAAGGAAUAAACUCAGAAUGUUCAUUUCA